AAUAUAUUAACGGAAAGUCGUUCGCAAACCCGUCCGAAAUGAGUAUGGAUCAUGGACGAAUCAUCCCUGAAACCCCAAUCUUGACCCAUUGACCAACGUAAAUCCGUAAACAAGUCAAAAACCAAGGAUGGUUUGCUCAAUCGGGUCAGGUGUAGCGCCGGCGGCGGCUUCUUCUUCUUCUUCUUCUUCUUCUUCUUCUUCUUCUCGAUGGUCGUGUUCAAUGUUGGGACCCACGGUCGGUCCCAUCCGAACCAAACCGAAUCUAUAAUAUGUAACCACUUCCAACGUCAUUACGCCUCACCGCGGUCCCGGCUCCCUCCCUGCUUCUCAACGUCAUACGCAAACCAAAACGACGACCCCUCAGUAAAUCUCACUCGCGCACUCCAUGGCUUCGGUGGAUUUGGAAGGGGUUUCUUCCAAGACUGUAUGCGAAAUGGAAGUAAAUGGUGGAGGAGGAGAAGGACCGAACGAGAUCAAGUUCGGAGACAAGAGUGACAAGAAGACGACCAAGAAGAAGGACACAAAGCCGUCGUCCUGGAAGCUCGGGUUUGGAUGUCUGAAAACGGAGUACGAUCGGGAGGGAAAUUUCGACAUGGAGGUUAUUGGCGGUGAUGGAGAGCGUCGCACUUCCUCCCCCACUCAUCUUGUUGUAAUGGUUAACGGUCUCAUUGGCAGUGCUCAAGAUUGGAGAUUUGCCGCAAAGCAGUUUUUGAAGAAAUAUCCCGAAGAUGUUAUUGUUCACUGCAGUAAAUGUAAUUCUUCAAUGUUGACAUUUGAUGGUGUUGAUGUAAUGGGAGAAAGAUUAGCAAAAGAGGUUAUAUCAGUCAUAAAACGUCACCCAGGAGUUCAGAAGAUUUCGUUUGUAGGUCAUUCGCUGGGUGGCCUGAUAGCAAGGUAUGCUAUUGCUAAGCUUUAUGGAAGAGAUGUCAUGAGGGAGUUUUCACAGGGAAAUGGAGAGUGUAGGUGUGAUGGGUCUGGAGAUCCAUGCGUGGAGGAGAAAUUCAAAGGAAAGAUUGCCGGACUGGAACCAAUUAAUUUUAUAACCUAUGCAACCCCACACCUUGGUUCAAGAGGGCAUAAGCAGGUUCCUAUGUUUUGUGGCUCUUACACUUUGGAGAAAGCUGCAUCCCGUGCGUCGUGGUUUCUUGGUAAAACUGGAAAACAUCUAUUUUUGACCGACAAUGAUGAUGGAAAAACUCCCCUGCUUCUUCGGAUGGCUAAUGAUGAUGAAGAUCUUAAAUUUAUGUCUGCUUUGCAGUCCUUCAAGAAACGUGUUGCCUAUUCAAACGUACGAUUUGACCAACUUGUGGGAUGGAGUACAUCAUCUCUACGGCGUCGAGAUGAGCUCCCAAAGCAUUUGCGUCUUUCUAGAGGUGACAAAUAUCCGCAUGUUGUAAAUGUGGAGACAGCAGAAACUUCCAGCAACCAGCAAGAAAUCCCCUUGGAGGCUAAAGUCAAUGGACACAAGAAUAUUCAUUUAGAAGAGGAAAUGCUAAGAGGUUUAACAAAAGUGAGCUGGGAACGGGUUGAUGUUAGCUUCCGUGGAAGUAAACAAAGAUAUCUGGCGCACAGUACCAUUCAGGUGAAAGCGUUCUGUAUCAACUCUGAUGGAGCAGACGUGGUCCAACAUACGAUUGACAAUUUUCUCUUAUCAUAGCUGCUGACUUGCCAUUGUAGCAGACUCGUGUGGAUCAUCAUGUCUCCAUCCGGGGAACGAGGGAAUAAAGUUCCAGAAGAGUGCUUUAUACAAGCCGAGAGGGAAAUUUUAGGUACCCAGGCAGCAUAUAGAUUACACACUCGCAUGUUUAAAUAGUUUUAAAGUACUUGAAAGUCUGUUGUAUUAACUAUAUAUGUCUCUGGAAGAGGGAUAUAUCAGGAUAGUAGAUUUGUUCUCCCCUAAUAUGUUA